ACCCAGCAGACACUGAGGUUAGCCUUUUCGCAUUGGACUUGGGCAGCGACAUUGAGGAUGUCAAGGAGGACUUGGCCGCUUCUGAAGCUGCCGGAUGUACUGUCAUCGCGGAGCCUGUGAAGGGAAAGAAGGAUCGUCAUGCGGUAAUGAGCGAGGAGGAAUACGCGAAGCAGAAGGAGAACUUCUGGCGAAACGUGAAUAUCGAGGAACCUGGGAUGCUCGAGAAAAAGACCCUACCAGCCGAGACCAAAUUUGAUAUCUCACGCAUCAAGAGUGCGAUUGAGUUGUUCUACUACCAACGACAAUACGAGAAGGCUCUGAACCUGGCAACAGAAUUCCUGAAAGAGCCCACAAAGGGCGCGCCACGGAUAGUCAGCGGAGACAGGAAAGAAAUGGAAGAUCUAGCGCGACGGUGCGAGCAGAAGCUUGCACAUGCAUCAUCUCAAAAGCCAGCAGCUGCGCCGAACCCAAUCCCCGCAAUUCAAAUGUCCUCCACCUUCACCUUCAACUUCGCCGACGAGGACAUUGAGAUUGACGAGAAUGAGCAACUAGCUUCAGCCACAUCCUCGCUCUCCCUUGAAUGCCCUGCGUUGACCGUCCCUUCACUCACACCCUGUGUCCAUGAUCUGACGCAGUUUGUGUCAAGAUUACCGCAUAAGCUCAAUUACUCCACCCUCAACAUCCCCAACACGUCUGCACGAAUCCCAAAACGUGAGCUUUGGGAUAUCAAGCUACAGCUCAUGCACGAGGAAAAUCUGGAUGAUGUCAAAGAAGAGGAUGAGCGAACGAAGGAAGCACUCAAUGGUGUCGACGAUGUCAUUCCCGGUGUAUACGAAGGCGGGUUCAAAACUUGGGAGUGUUCCAUCGACCUAUCGCGGUAUCUUUCGAUGGAGAUUGGUGCUGGCACACUGACGUGCCCAGAGAGAGUUGCUGAGCUUGGAUGUGGGUCAGCAUUGCCGAGUAUGCAUUUGUUGCAUCAGGCACUCCUUAAGGGUCACGCGCUGGCACUGACAUUGCAGGAUUACAAUGCGUCGGUUUUGCAGCAUGUUACGGUGCCGAAUGUUUACCUGGCCUGGGCACUAUCGCGCGUGGGUGCCGAGGAAUGGGAAGGUGACGGUGAAAUUGACGUUACAGAUGAGGACAAAACAGCAUUCCUGAAUGACCUCAAGACAAAGAACAUCCAAAUCACCCUUCUAAGCGGCGGCUGGGGCGUAGAAAUGCUCGAGUAUAUGAACCCUGCUCCUACUAUCCUCUUGGCGUCAGAAACAAUUUAUUCCCCUAAUUCCUUACCAGCUUUCAUGGAUGUUUUGCAUGGAUGCUGUGCGGCGGGCUCGCAGGCUUUGGUUGCUGCAAAGAAGGUUUAUUUUGGGGUUGGAGGGGGUGUUGAUGAGUUUAAGCGGGCGGUAGAGGCAAGGAAUCUGUUGAGGUCAGGGGUUGUUGAUGAUGUUUCUACCCAGGGAGUCGCGAGGACUAUAUUGAAGGUGAAGGCAAGGUCAUAGAGGAGGC